AUGACUCUCCUCCAGGAGUUGAAUGCCACGCCCGACUUUAGCUUUUCUACAGUCCAAACGUCCAGCGACAUCAUCAACGCCCUCAUCAUAUCACUGCUCACUGUUUUCGUUAUCUCCAACAUCCUGUCAGUCACUUCCAAGCUCAUCUUUAGCUCCCGCGAAAAAAGCUUCGAGUACCUCUCCUGGGUCCGUUCCUUUAUCUUUGUCAACAGCGACGACCCCAUCCGCAUUUUCUCCUGGAUUUGGCACAGGUACUCAUACAAGGAGAAGGGCUGCACACGUUACAGGAACGAAAUCCAACUCCGCAGGCUUCUCCUCCCCCUUCUGGCGAGGCUCUUCAUUUUGGUUACUGCCAUCACCUCUGUUGCCAUCUCCAUCCCGAGUGAAAAGCGUCUGAGUGGGUGUGAGAAGGGCGACUUUCGAAUCCACAUGGACCCUAACGUUCGAAAGCCAGCUCCGGAUUUAAAUAGGGUUUGCGCCGACAUUCCGCUGACAACUACACUAGGCGAAGUCAGAUCUCGUGUGUCGUACUGCUCUUGCUUGGUGGACUUUGGAUCUAACGUCCCUGUAUCAGAAGGCGAAGGCGGAAUAGUUACAAUCACCACAGAGUCGGGUCAACUAUGGACCGCAUUGGUGAGUAAGAACAACACUGCAGCGAGUGCCUUCUACAUCCAGUGGGUCAAGAACAGACGGCAAAGAGACAAUGACAAAUCGCUCCUCUUCACAAAUGUUGAAAAGAUCGACUCUGAUGAUCAUCUCCAAGUCAUUGCCAACGCACUCCGUUCAGAGACAGUACAGCAGUGCACAGCCAAAGGUACUUCUGACAAGUUACCGUCAGAGGACAACAGCCUUAUAGCGUAA